AUGGUCAAAACGCCGCAGCUUCUUAAUAGAAUAAAUUCUAUCCGGCACAACCUGUCCCUCCACAGUCGGUUCGUCCGUGUGCAGAACGAGGGGACAGGGAAGAGUUCCUGGUGGAUGCUAAACCCUGAGGGAGGGAAGACUGGGAAGUCCCCUCGACGUAGAGCAGCCUCCAUGGACAACAACAACAGCAAGUUCGCCAAGAGCAGAGGACGGGCUGCUAAGAAGAAGUUGUCUCUCCAGGGUGGUCCUGACGGGGGAGCAGACAGCCUCGGGGGAGGCACCUACUCCAAGUGGCCCGGCAGCCCCAACUCCCACAGCAACGAUGACUUUGAUGCAUGGAGCGGUUUCCGGCCGCGCACCUCCUCCAACGCCAGCACGCUCAGCGGACGCCACUCACCCUUCACGCCCGAGGACGACCUCGGAGACGGGGACGUGCACAUGGGCUACCCGGGAUCCUCCGGGGCCAAGAUGGCGAACACAUUGCCCAGCCUGUCAGAGAUGGCGAGUUCUCUAGGCCACCACCACCACAGCUCAGAGAACGUUAUGGAGAACCUUCUGGAUAACCUGAACCUCCUCUCUCCCAAGAACACCCAGGUGGGAGGUGGAGGGGGUGUGGGGCAGGGGUCAUCCCAGAACUCCCCUUCCCCCCUAAUGCAGGCCAGCCCCGGGUCAGGGGGUGGGCUGCCCUUCCUACUCCUCUCCUCCAUGGUCCCCCAGCAACAACCCCAGCAGCAGCAGGACUACCGCAAGUGUCGGUACAGCCAGGCAAGGAUGAAUGCUCUCUCCCCCAUGUCCCCCAACCCCAUGCAAACCCUGGGGGACAUCAAGUCCAGCUUCAGCCCCUCGUCUCUGGGUCAAUAUAACUGUCCUGCUGGCCUCCUCAAGGAGCUCCUGACCUCAGACUCUGACCCCCGCGGGGAUAUGAUGCCCUCGGUCGACACGGUGGUCUCUCAGUCUAGCGCAGGACGAAGCAGCGCACUACCUUCGUAUAAUGCCUCUCAGCACGGAGGAGGAGGAGGAGGAGGAGGAAGAGGGGGGAGUCUACACCCCCACCCACACUCCCACCCUCACCCCCACGCCCUCCCUCAUCCCCAAACUCACCCUCACCUCCACAACCAAACCCCACCCACUUCUGUCUCGUCCAUGAACAGCUGCAACCUGAUGUCUCUGAGCAGUUUGAGCCACAGCGGUGGAGUGGGUAACGGAACCCGCCUGGGGGUUAAGAACCCCAUGCAGGUGCCCUACGGUCUCUCUACCCAUGUUGGACAUGGGGGGAUGCCCGAUGGGUUCUGCCCCAUCAACACUAACGGAUAUGGGUGUCCCGGCCUGGGUCUACCCCCCGCCCCCCACCACCACCACCACCUGGAGAAACUGCCCAGCGAUCUGGACGACAUGUCCAUUGAGAGGUUCGAGUGUGACAUGGAAUCCAUCCUCCACGACACCCUGAUGGACGGAGAUCCGCUGGACUUCAACUUUGAACCCAUGGUGACCUCGCAGGGGUUCACGACCCAUGGGGUCAAGACGACCACACAUGGCUGGGUGUCGGGGUAGAGGACGGAUGGACAUGCACUCUCUUACACACACACACACACACACACACACACACACACAUACACACUCUCUCUCUAACACACACACUCUCUACCACACAAACACACAACUGCUGGGUGUCGGGGUAGAGGACGGAUGGACAUGCACUCUCUUACACACACACUCUCUCUAACAACACACACACACACACUCCCUCUCUAACACACACACACUCUCUAACACACACACACACACUCUCUCUCUAACACACACACACACACACACACACACACACACACACACACACACACACACACACACACACACACACACACACACACACACACACACACACACACACACACACACACACACAC